CUUCUCUUUUUUAACCUCGAAUACUAGACUUAAUUUUUUCAAAAUGUUCAAAAUAAAAUGUAAGAAAUGCAGAAACUUGUUAUUCAACGAAGACGACUCUAAGAGAUUACUUCUGAAUGCUCAUAAUCUUCCUGUGACCACAGUACCAGAUAUCUGUGAAACGGUCAAUGAUGAAAAUACCCUCUAUCUGAAUGAAGAACACCUGCCCAGCUGGAUAACUCUGAGAAUUGAAGCAGAAAAAUGGUCAAAAGGAAGAAUCAAUUGCCUUCAUUGUGAUUCCAGAAUAGGGGCAUUUGAUUUUAUUUCUGGUCAGAAAUGUAGUUGUAGGAGUAAUAUUUUACCACCUGUCCAUAUCAUUAAAAGCAAAGUAGAUUUAAUAAGAUUAAAUCUAUUAACAUAGCAAGCUUUGUAAUGCUGUGUUUAUAUAUCCAAUUAAAUUAACAUUUAGGAAUUAACAAUCAAGAAUUAAUAAUCAUGAAGGUGUUUAUAC